GUUUUGUACAAUCUUUGCAUGAGUUCAAAAGUCAAAUCACACGCCACUUGCACGCUACUGAGGGAUUUUUCAUUUCUGACAUAAUUGUGCUUGUGAUGGAUGUCUGUUAAGCUUAAGCAUCUGUCACUUUUCUAACCUAGAAAUUUCAACCGCAAAUUUUCUAAAAUCAGUGAUUUUCAAAUACAAAAUGCCACAGGGUCGAAGAAAGGUACCAUUCAGCGGGAAAGCCAAGAAGGAGCAACUGAAGGCUAAAAGACAGAAUAAGCAGGGCCCUAAAAACAUCCUUCUGAAAUCAUCAGAAGAUUCUGGAGAGGGUACCAGCGUCCAAAAAAUAAAUUUUCAGCCUGCGCGAGAUGGAAAAUCCAAACCAAAUAGAUAUGCUUUGCAGUUUUUCAAAGAGAGUAAGGAACAGGUUGCAAAACAGAAAGAACUAGCACGGCAAAGCUUAGACCCAAAAAGCGAAAAAGAUUUGGAAGUUGAUGGAGAUGAUUACUUUGUUAAAGAACUCGAUUUCCCCAAGAGACCUGCUUGGAGUUAUGAUCUUACUAAAGAUCAGUUAGAAUCUAAAGAGCAGAAAUACUUCAAUGAAUACUUGAAAAGCAUUGAGGAAAAAUUUGAUUGGAAAGAACUAAGUGUUUUUGAGCUCAAUUUGGAAACAUGGAGACAAUUAUGGAGGGUUCUAGAAAUGUCUGAUGUUAUUUUAUUUAUAGUGGACAUAAGAUUUUCUGCAUUCAUGUUUCCUCCUUCAUUAUAUGAUUAUGUAGUAAAUAUCCUUAAAAAAGAUUUUAUUUUAGUCCUAAAUAAAAUUGAUCUAGCAUCUGCUAGUGUUGUAGUUGCUUGGAAAGCUUACUUCCAAGAAAAAUAUCCUGACUUGCACAUUGUGAUGUUCACAACUUUGCCUGGAUACAACUUGGUUGGAAAACAAUCUGAUACUGGAGGUCUGCAGGUGAGACGUCGGAGAGGCAAAAUUCAUAUGGCAGCUGAAGGUACCCAGCAGCUAUUUGAUGUAUGUAAACAGUUAGUUGGAAAUGAAGUUGAUCUCUCAUCCUGGGAAAACAAGAUCAAGGAGGAGAUGAAUGUUGAAAUUGAUACUGAUGACCAAGUUGCAAUUGAAGAAACACACCAACUCAAGUCUGUAGAUACUCAAUAUUACGAAUAUGAGAAAUACAGCAAGGGAGUGUUGACAGUAGGUUGCAUAGGACAGCCAAAUGUUGGCAAGUCCUCCCUAAUGAAUGCCAUCAUGGGGAAAAAGGUGGUGAGUGUAUCAAAAACGCCAGGCCAUACGAAACAUUUUCAAACCAUAUUUCUCACAAAAAAUGUCAGACUGUGUGAUUGUCCAGGUUUAGUAUUUCCAUCAAAGGUACCAAAGACCUUACAAGUGUUGAUGGGGAGUUACCCCAUUGCACAACUUAGAGAACCAUACACAACAGUCAAAUAUUUAGCUGAGAGACUGGAUUUGGUAAAGUUACUAAGAAUUGAGCAUCCUACCAAUGACGACACUUGGUCUGCUAUAGAUAUAUGUGAUGGCUGGGCUAAAAAACGAAGAUUUUAUACUGCUAAAGCUGCCAGACUUGAUACUUAUAGAGCAGCUAAUAAUAUUUUAAGAAUGGCUCUCGAUGGGAAAAUUUGCUUGUGCCAUAGACCUCCAGCAUAUGCUGAAAAGAAAGGGUAUUGGUCUACACAUCCAGAGAUAAAAAUUGUGGAGUGGAUUCAAGCUAGAUCUUCUGAAGAAUCUAGUCCACAGAAUCUGGAACUCAGUGAUCUAUCUGACGAGUCUGAUGAGGAAAGUGCGGUUUCAAAACAAGAACAAAUGAAAUAUGCUAAAUCUGAAGAUGGUGAGACAGAUGAAAAUGAUGAACAAGAUGAAAAUAGUGAAGAUGAUGAAGAAGAAGAAAAUUCUGAAGAGGAAUUACUAUGCGCUACUAAUAAAUUUGCAGCUCUUCAAGAGCAAUAUGGUUUAAGUUCAGACAAUUCAGAAGAGGAAUCUGUUAUUAGUGCUGAUAGUGGUGAAGAGGAACCGACUACAAGUGAACAGAUCAACGAUUCUAUGAACAAUCAGAUGGUGGAUCUCUACAAGAUGAAUGCUGCAAAGGAUAUUGAUGAGAAUGAACUGAUUGACAUCAGCAGUGAGGACUCUGAUGAUGAGGAAGCAAUGAGAGCGGCCAUAAAUGCUCAUGCUGCAAGUGUCUUAAGAGAAGAGAUGAUCAGAUCAGCUGCAGCUCAAGCAGCACCGCCAGAAAAUAACAAGGCGCAGGCGGCAGCCAACGAAAGGUACCUCGCCGAACUUAAAAAAGAUCAAAAUCCAUCCGACAAAGGUAAAAAGCGUAAAUUGAAUGAAUACGUCUCGGUUACGUCGUCGUCGAUGAAAAGCAACACGUCCAAGAAGAAAAAACAAAAUGCCGCUUUCGAAGAGAUAAAGUACAGCUUCAAAGACGUCGGAGGGAUGAACAAGACUCUGGAGGAGGUGUGCAAGCUGCUGCUGCACAUAACCCAUCCGGAGAUAUACAAGUCGAUCGGUAUCACACCACCUAGGGGGUUCUUGUUGCAUGGACCGCCCGGAUCGGGCAAGACCUUGUUGGCCAAUGCGAUUGCUGGGGAACUAAACGUUCCUUUAUUGAAAGUUGCUGCUCCCGAACUUGUAGCAGGAAUUUCUGGAGAAAGCGAGGAAAGGAUAAGAGAGUUGUUUGACCAAUCUGUAAAAUUAUCACCGUGCAUCCUUUUCAUUGACGAAAUCGAUGCUAUUACUCCGAAUAGGCAGAACGCACAGAAAGACAUGGAAAAAAGGAUUGUCGCCCAGCUACUCAGUUGUCUUGAUGAACUGAGCAGCAGUGAGCCAGGCAAUCGAGUACUUGUAAUCGGAGCCACAAAUCGCCCAGAUUCAAUCGACCCUGCACUAAGAAGGGCUGGUCGCUUCGACAGAGAAAUUCCGCUAGGCAUUCCGAAUAAAGACAGCCGAAUUCAGAUUCUCAAAGUCCUCACCAACAAACUGAAGUUAAUGGAUGGUUUCGAUUUUGAAAAAGUCGCUGCUUACACGCCUGGAUUUGUUGGCGCCGACUUGCUGUCUCUAGUUAGAGAAGCUGCCAUGGCAGCCGUCAACAGGCUGAUAAAGGAAGUGAGAGAAAAAUACGUCCAGUCGGCGCAAGUACAGCAGCAGCAAACCAAACAAGAUGAAAAGCCACAAGAAGAAAUAUCAGCGCAAAUAGUCGUGGAUGAGGUUCCCAAGGAGGCAGAGGCAGUGAACGGCGAAAAGCCGACAGAACCAACCCUUGCUGCAGACGGUGGGGGCAGUGAGAGUGCCGCCGUAGUAGUGAUCGACGACGACAACAGCAGUCAGCAGAAGAUCAAUGACGUCACCGUGACGCCGGUGGUGAGCAGUGUAGCGAAUAACGCGCUGGCGAAGCUCAGCGAGGUCAGGACAGCAUUGGAGGAAAUUCUGCUGUGGCUGCACGAGAGUCUGCCCAUCAGCGAACGGGAACUACAGGGGUUGAGUAUCUCUCUCGCUGAUUUUGAGGUGGCGCUAAAAAGUGUACAACCUUCCGCAAAAAGGGAAGGCUUCGCAACGGUGCCAGACAUUACUUGGGACGAUGUCGGAGCAUUGAGAGAGAUUAGAGAAGAGCUGCAGAUGACCAUAGUAGCACCGGUCAGGCAUGCAAAACAAUUCGAAGCUCUAGGAUUGAAUGUUCCUACAGGAGUUUUACUGUGUGGACCCCCUGGUUGUGGUAAAACACUGCUUGCCAAAGCCAUCGCCAAUGAAGCUCGUAUCAACUUUAUAUCAGUUAAAGGACCCGAGUUGUUGAACAUGUAUGUUGGGGAAAGUGAACGAGCAGUAAGAGUAUGUUUUGAAAGAGCACGAAACUCUGCACCUUGCGUGAUAUUCUUUGAUGAGCUAGAUGCUCUAUGUCCAAAGAGGUCACUUGCAUCAGAGGGUAACGCAACUGUUCGUGUUGUCAAUCAACUCCUGACGGAAAUGGACGGAAUAGGAAGCAGAAAUGGAGUAUUUCUUCUGGCAGCCAGCAAUCGGCCAGACAUUGUGGACCCAGCUGUGUUGAGGCCUGGACGUCUGGAUAAAAUUUUGUACGUUGGUCUACCUGCUGGUAACGAACGAGUUGACAUUUUGAGGACCAUCACAAAGAAUGGUACUCGUCCAAAACUUGCACCGGACGUAGAUUUGGAAGAAAUCGGCACGUCAGAAGAAUGCAGAGGCUUCACGGGAGCUGACUUGGCAGCACUGGUGCGAGAAGCUGGUGUACUUGCCUUAAAGGAUGUUUUGUGUGGGGAAACGAUGAGCGGUAGCGAGAUCAUGGUCACUGGGGAACAUUUUAAGAACGCAUUCAAAAAGAUCAGGCCUUCUGUACCGGAAAAGGAUCGGACACACUAUGAAAAAUUGAGGAAAUUAUACUCUUCACUCCAAAGAGAUACUGAAGUUGAGGAAAUGGAACUUUCUUAAGCGUUUAAUAUGUAUUAUUUUCUCAUUGUAUUAGCACGAGAAUCCAGGUCAUACUUUUUACAUCUUUGAGAGUAAGUGUUCAAAACUAACAUAAGCACUUUGCAUAGAAAAUCUUGAUGGAAUUUGAACUGCCAAAAAAUGAUACUCUAGAUUUUCUUCCAAAUUAUGGAAUUAACGGUAUUCAAAAUUGAUCAUAUUAGUCGUUUUUCUCACCUAGUUUUACAUAUAAUUUAGUAAAUCAUGGUAACAAGUUGACAAUUCCCCAAAUCGCCGAUAUCUUUAUAUUAGUUUUAUAUUAUUAUGAUAUGUUUUGAAAAAUAGUUUGAUGAAUGUUCAGUUAAUGCAAAAACAUGUAGAAGGUAACAAUCUGGUGUUAUUUAAAUUACGUUUUUGUGUUUAUGUAAAGUCCAAUAAAUUUCACUAGCUAAGUGGCCUAUUUUUACUGAAAUUCAUUUUUUAUUUAAUACAUUUUUCCCCACACACCUAUAUUGCACAUUUCCUCUAAACUACGACUACCUAAGCUUACUUUUCAGGUUAACUAUGAAUGGUAACUAUGAAUUAACUCUCAGGUUAUCAGUUUACAAUGUUUCAUUUGUCCUAAAACUGUAGAUAGUCUUAAUCAAAGAACCAUCCAUGAAUUAACUAAGCAG